UUUCGAAUUUCUUCAAGUUAUUCUUCAAACUGUUCUUGAAUGUUAGCCUAGAACUUUGAAUUUGUUUAUGAAUUUAGUCUCUAUUCUUUACAAGCUUCGACUACUACUUUAUUAUUAACAUGGAUGUCGCGGCUACUCAAGAGACUAUAGCUAACUCAGACACCAACCCUACUAACUUGCCGGAAACUCUUUUGAUAGUACGUAGGCGUCUUAAUAAAAAGGGGUUACCAAUGAAUGACUCGGAUGAAAGUAGUUCGGUGAGAAUUACCCCCCAUUAUGAACCAAUAAAAGAUGGGGAUGAGUCGUCUGUAUCCCCUAUAUACCCUCCGGAGAUUAUAAAAACUGCUCCUUGGGAAGUGAGCGUUGCUUUCUUUCCAAAUUACUUGCCGCGAAUAAAUCCUGACCUAGAAGGGUUAUUGUAUGUAGAUAUGGAAAACCUUGAAGGAUCAGCCGAGUCUUCUGGAAGGGAGAGUGCAGCGCCAGUUCCUCCUCCAUUCUACAUUCCAAACGGCGGGCCCCUAAAUUACUUCAUUGAUUUACAGACCAAAAGAGAUCUAGACAACCGCCGGGAGGCCAUCUCUCAAAAAUGGGGUUUGAAGGAUAAUAUAAACAUUAUUACCCCGGGGAAUUAUGACACCGUUAGGUUUCCUCCCCCACAUUGUAUAGCUGUAUACUUUCCUUCUUUUGAAUUAGGGCUCAGAUUUCCUCUUCACCCGUUUUUUAGGGAGGUGUUAGAGUUUUUGAACAUUUCAGUGCCCGAGUUAUACCCAAACGCCUGGGGUUGUAUGGUGGCCUUUUUGAUCCUAUGCAAAGUUUUGGCCGUGCCACCAACACUCACAGCUUUUAGAUAUAUAUUCAGAGCCCGCCUAUGUAAUUCGCAAUCAUACGGCUGUGGCUGGAUUACUUUUACACACCGUCGAGGACUGAAGAUAGUCCAAGACCUCCCCGAUAACCAGAAGGGGUAUAGGACGAAAUUUGCAUUUUUGUAUAAUUCAGAGGGAUGGAACAUCAAGACCUCUUUUGACAUUAAACCCAACCUCGCGGGUUUUAAUAAUGGGAUCCCGCAGUGUUCUUUUAGUGACGCGGUGAUCAUAGAGUACGCAAAGAUGGACGUUCAAUUGGGAAGGAAACCAAUGAACGUCCAACUUAAUUGGAUACCUGGUCGCCCUGAGUUGGAGAACGAGAACCUCCUCUCGUCAUUCGGCAUCAGCUUGGCUAUCGAUCGGAGGAUAGCCAAGGAGAAUCUUCGAGCAAAGAGUCCGGAGCUGAUGAAGAAAUUCAGCGUUCUAAGACUUGCUCAAGGGGCCAUACAGCGACCCGAGGAUAAGCCUCUUCCCCUUCCUCCGAAGGUAUAACUUCACAAAAUUUCUUCGUUAUGAAAGAUUUCUGUUGAUUCUUCCUAACUUUUUCCUUUGUAGGGCUCGGCGACUGUAGAGAAGGGUCUGGAGGACGUGCCCUCAGAGCAAGAGGCUCUCCGACUUCUCGAAGAGAGAAAACAAAUUCACAUCCCCGAUGAAUCUGAGAGGGUGAUUCCUCCACAGACAAGGGGGGUGAAAAAGAGUGGGAAGAAGAAGAGGAAGCGGGAUUCUUCUUCCCGCAAGGAGAGCUCGGCCAAGAGGCCCUCUGUGGGUACGAUC